AAAUGGAGUCGAUAUAUCUUCAAAAGCACCUUGGGGCAUGUCUAACUCAAGGUCUUGCAGAAGUGGCAAAAAUUCGCCCAGUGGAUCCUAUAGAAUAUUUAGCACUGUGGAUUUACAAGUAUAAGGAAAAUGUGACCAUGGAACAAUUGAGACAAAAGGAAAUGGCCGAGUUGGAGCAUGAAAGAGAGCUAGCCCUGAUGGAGCAGGAGAUGAUGGAGAGGCUCAAAGCAGAGGAGCUCUUGUUUCAGCAGCAACAGCUGGCAUUCCAACUGGAGUUGGAAAUGCAAGAAAAAGAGAGACAGAGAAUAGAAGAACUACAGAGAGCUCAAGAACAAUUAGAGAAGGAGGCAACACAAGACUCAGGCAAAACACUGGCUGAAAUCAGUGAUCGAUACGGAGCACCUAACUUGAGCAGAGUGGAAGAACUUGAUGAGCCAAUUUUAUCUGAUGUUGCAUUAAACAUUGACCAAGAUUUGUAG